UAUUAAUGAUGUUGGUGAAUUGUGUGUGUUUUUACUCGCACUACUGUAAAACUGCUUUGCUUGGCUCUCACACCGACAACAGCGCCGGAGUGAGCCGUCCCGUCCACCUAAAACAUCUUUGCUGCGAACAGCCUUGUUGUAGUACAGUCUGUUCCCACUGUCCUUGAUGUUGCAGUGCCAGUACUACUCCCCGUAGCCCGGGCUGCCCCUGCAGCAGCUGUUACAUAUGUUGUGGGUUUGAGGCAGCCUGUGGGGAAUACACACUGACAAACGAUGCAAACAGCUCCCAGCACACUGUGGUCAAAAGGCUCGUCACAUUUGACCUGCCCGCUGCUUGUGCGGCUAGCCUGUCAGCUAAAGUAAGCUACCGAUCGUUAGCUCAACUGCAGCUGGCCAGCCGAGAGACGCCCACAGUGACAAAGUUAAGCUAACUGUCAUACAACAACUUACUGCCUUAAGACAAAUAACAGCACCAACACAAAAACGUGUGCUGAGAACGACACUCUCUCACUGCAGCAGUGUUUGGGAAACUUUUUGACUCCCAUGCGGACUUUUUAUCCAGAGUCUCCACUCGACGCAGUGACCGUUUUUGGUGACAGUCAACAAUGUUGUUACUGUCCGGCACAACACGCCUACUCGGAAGGGGAACAACUUUGCUUCGUGAUCCGGUUAAGAGGAUUUGCGUAAACAUGUCGUCCACCUCUGCCUCUGGUAAGAGACUGCGGGUUCUGGUCGACAUGGACGGGGUCCUGGCAGACUUCGAGGGCGGGUUCCUGAAGAAGUACCGGGCCAGGUACCCCAGCGAGCCCUACAUCACCCUGGAUGACAGGAGGGGGUUCUGGGUGUCGACGCAGUACGGGCGGCUGAGGAGUGACCUGUGUGAAAAAGCCAUCAGUAUCUGGGAGUCCAAGGACUUCUUCAUAGAACUGGAACCACUGCCUGGAGGAGUGGAGGCGGUCAAGGAGAUGGCCAAGAUGGAUAACACAGAUGUCUUUAUUUGCACCAGCCCAAUAAAACAGUACAAACACUGCCCAUAUGAGAAGUAUGCCUGGGUAGAGAAACAUUUGGGCCAUGAUUUCCUGGAGCAGGUCAUCCUGACCAGAGACAAGACGUUAAUCACCGGAGAUAUCCUCAUAGAUGACAAGCCUGACAUUUUAGGAGUGGAGCCCAAGCCAACGUGGGAGCACAUCCUGUUCACCGCCUGCCACAACAAGCACCAACCCACCAGCCCGUCCCAGAGACGACUCCUGUCUUGGUCAGACGACUGGAGGGCCAUCCUGGACAGCAAGAGGCAGUGAGGACACUCCUGUCUAUGAGUCCAGCAUCAUCACCGCACCUGUGUGUGUAGGCUCGGAGGAAACGUUUGUCUCAGGAUGUCAGAAUUUAUUAUUUUAAAAGCAGGAAGGUAAAAAAAAAAAAAGAAGAAGAGAGAGGCUAGUGAUCAGCCAAAUUCACAAUAGCGUACAGGGCGGAUACACAAAGCAGACACUUGUUGCACUCUGUUGGGAGGGAACAUUCACUUGUUUGACCGCAAGAGGGCGCUCUGACACUGAAGGUGAAGAUGUCAACAACCCGCACCUCCACCAUUUCCACUGUAAAACUGUGACAACAGAACAGCUGACCACGAGGACAAAACAAAGAGCAGAUUGAACUUUUCGUUCGCUGCUCUGUGUCUGCAUGCCACAUGUUUUUGUUGUUCUUAUUGACGACAUUUUCUUUUUUCUUUGGAGCCACUUCAUCUGUGGUUUUUAUUCACAAAGGUCUUAUCAGUAGUUGACAUUGUUGCGUUGCAUUAGUGAGUCACUGUAAUUCACUCACAACUACAGGGCACUCCACUAAACGCUCACACUUACGACAAAAAAAAAAAAAUAGCCUCCACGAGUCAUAGGCACUGGCAACUAUGUGCAAUACAUAAAGACAGGAGAGUGACUUGGAUGGACAAUCACUUGAACUGUUAUGUCACGUUAUUGGUUUACUUUAGAUACUGCUGCAGUGUGUCUCGGGUCACCGAGUAUUAAUUCAAAGGGUAACUCUAUUAAUUGUACACAGUACAGUGUGUUUACAGAACUUGGGGAGUAUUACAGCAUAUGUAAAAACAGCAGUAAAAAGCCUUUUGUGGCUCCAGAGGAAGCUGCAUGUUAUCCGAUGAAUUGCUUCCAGUAUGUCAUUCAGUGACUUAGUUGCACUGUGGGUAAUGUAGCCGGCAGGUUAUGAAAAGCAGUCCACUGGUCACCUGAAUUACCCACAAUGCAACAUAGCCAUACAGCUUCAGUAGUACUCCUCAAGGUCUGUAAACACACUUAAAUAUUGUAAAGUUGUUGGAGUUGCCCUUUAAUCAUAAAUGCACAGGGAUAUCUCUAUAAGAUUUUCAAAGAGCCGGUAUGGUUACGUUGGUGCUUUUUUUUUUUCUUAUUUCCUCUGUUUAAAAAUGAUCUAUGCAUCUUAGCUAUAACACAGAGGAGAAAAACAGAAUUCUCAGAAUUGCACACAUACAUAUGCAUGUUGCCAAAGCCAUUACUACUGCUGAAUAUAUUAGACUAACAUUCACGGGGAAAUGUGUGCUGAAUAUGUUUAAAGUAUUAAAGAAAGAAAAGAUAUUUAGAUAGUUUGAUAAAUUAAGCUUCAAAAGAGAUGAUUUAUGCUGUUAGGCGCUUCCUGUUUUUACAUGCUCUACUUUCACACAGCCAGUCGGACGGCACAUUGUAUCAGUUCCCGGUUAAAUCUUGCGCACGCUGCCGCCUGUAAACACACUAAAAUGAGAAAAGUCACAUUGCCUCAAUAUGUCAAAACCAGUUCACAGCGCUGGCAUCUGUUUCGAUACAAAAAACUCGAACAUUUGUUUGAAUAGUGGUCAUGAUCUAUACCAUUUUGGAGUAGAUCUGGCAAAACAAGCCCUGAAACAUACACAUGUAACUGUUGUUUACUUUUAAUUUCCCUUCUUAGUGUGUUUACAGAAGCACGUUGCAUCAGAUUAGAAAUAAUUCCCCCACAACACAAUGAAGAGAAGGCAUAUCCACAUCCGGUGUCGUUGUGUCAUACGGGCCACAAAGCUGCAUUUGUCUGUUUCACGCAACGCUUUUUUCGCUGUGAGGAUUUAUUUAAGCAAGCGAACAUAAUCCUGACAGAAACCGCUAUCUGUCAGGAUUUCCAGUUUGCCAUGAGUAAGUUCGAAUCCAUUGUGAACAUUCCCGUGAGGCCAGUGGCAAAUUAGCCUGUUGCUGCUAAUGUGUUGUGGUAAAGAAGGUGGCUGCUGCUGACCGUGUGUUGUUACAACAGUCACGCCAGGCGCUGAGUGACGUGCAUGUUAUUCAAACACGCUUCUAUCUGUCGGUUUGUGUUUUUUUAGAUGCUGUCUUUUAUUUCCCCUCACAACGAAAAGAAUUAUGGGAGGGCUGUGGAAAAUUUUAAUGGUUCUGUCUCUCUGGUGCAAUUAAAGGUGCAUUUUCAUUUUC